ACGCAUCCGAAUGUCACGUGUAUUAUUUAUAAACGGGGCCCAAUGUGAACCGGGCUUGACACAAUUUCCGUCCUUGUUCCGCGCGCCAACGCAGACGUGCGUCGCGCCUACUCGGAUCCAAUGUUUUGAUCCGAAUUGGAUUGUGCAUGUGUGUGUAUGUACAUCAAUCAAAGAUUAAUACACACACUAUGUUGCCUUGAAAACUAUCCGCUGCACAUACAUACAUACACACACAACACAACAGAGGCAGACACACGCGUCUUGUAAACAAAGUUUUGUUUUUCCUGUGUGCCGUCCGCCGGCCGAAAACCAAACCGAUCAAUCGCGUGGAAAUUCCCACCACGGAAAAGGCGAGAGCAUGAGCUGCGACGACUUGGAGGUUGAGAUGGCCGUGACUCCGAAGCUGAACGAAUUGGACAGUGCCCUGCAGGAGCUGGGGAUGCUCUCGAGUUGCAGCAACUCGAGGCAGGAGUAUCUGAGGGAGAUACAGAACAGACCCAUCCUGAGCAUAAACACGAGAUACGUGAGCAACGUGUCCAUAGGGUUCCGGGUGCGACCGGUGACACCGCGCAUCCGUUUCAAACCCUACAACUUCACCAAGAGGGAGGAGAGACACCGGACGCGCUCAGAGAACAACGACAACUCCUCCGAGUCUGUCAGUAUUGUGAAGACUGUGCUGGACGACACCAUGAACAUCACGUUCGAGGAGAUCUCCCAGCUGAAGAAGGCCAAAUCCCUGGAGAGCAUUGUCCUCGAAUCUGGUGGAGAGUUCAAGACGCCAGAGGUUGAGAUUGUCUCCGACUGCAUAGAGAAGCUCAAAGUGAACGAAUGAAUGAAUAACCUUCAUCAUCGACAACCUCUAUUCUCCACCCAACAACAAAUUCUAAUCAAAACACUUGUAGGAUCUCGCAAAGCAUAUAUAUAUAUAUAACUUAUGCUAUUUACAUACAUACA